ACAACUAUCGUGCCAUUUGCCAGUCUCCCCGCCUGUGCAUCAUCCUGCGGUCCUCUCUAUGAUGUCAAUGGAGCCUGCGUGCCCCCUGUGGUUGCCUCCACCACCUCCGUUGUCUACGAGGAGUGUUUCUGCUCCGACGCCAGAUUGACCGCCUUCUCUUCCACCACUGCUGGACCUUGCGACGAUGCGUGUACGGCCGACCCAAGCGGCUUUGACAGCAUCACCAGCUGGUAUCAGAGCAUGUGCAAGAGCGUGCAGGCUCUAGAGGCUGACACUACCACGUCCUCGGCUGGGGCAACAUCCACAUCUUCUGCGAGCUCAUCUAGUAGUUCCGGUGGCGGUGGCUGGCUAUCCUCCCAUUGGCAAUGGGUGAUUUUCAUUGUCGUCAUGGUCGUCGGCAUUGCCGGUAUCUGGACCGGCGCCGCUUUUUGGCGGCGCCACUACCUGCGCAAGAAGGAUCGCCAGUAUGCCCUGGGCAAGAACCUCGCUGCGCGCACAGGCUCAGGCCAG